AUGAGUGUGUGUGUGAACAGGGAAGAGGAAGAUGGAGCCAAAGUGGUGAGAGUUGAAAAUGUGGAUAAUCCAUAUAGGAGACAGACCAAUUUCAACAGUAGAUUCAAGCUUACUCUAAACAAGCUCUACGCUUGGGCUUUGUCUGAUUACGACCGUGUGGUCAUGCUUGAUGCCGACAAUCUCUUUCUCAAGAAGACAGACGAGUUGUUCCAGUGUGGCCGCUUCUGUGCGGUCUUCAUAAACCCUUGCAUCUUCCACACUGGUCUCUUCGUCUUGCAACCGUCAAUGGAAGUGUUCAAGGACAUGCUCCAUGAGCUUCAAGUUGGAAGAGAGAAUCCUGAUGGAGCUGAUCAAGGCUUUCUUGUCAGUUACUUCUCUGAUCUUCUUGACCAGCCUCUGUUCCGUCCUCCGGGUAAUGGCUCUGCGCUCAGUGGUCAUUUGAGACUUCCCUUGGGCUACCAAAUGGACGCUUCUUAUUUCUAUCUUAAACUUAGAUGGAACAUACCUUGUGGACCAAACAGUGUGAUUACAUUCCCAGGAGCUGUUUGGUUAAAGCCAUGGUACUGGUGGGCAUGGCCUGUUCUUCCACUAGGUCUCUCAUGGCACGAGCAGCGUCGCACCACUCUAGGUUACUCAGCAGAGAUGCCUUUGGUCAUAAUUCAAGCAGUGUUCUACCUUGGGAUCAUAUUGGUUACACGACUAGCUCGUCCUAACAUCACAAAACUAUGUUAUCGCCGCUCUGACCGCAACUUAACAGCGAUCCAAGUAGGUUUCAAGUUCAUCGCGCUUCUCUCUGUAGUCGCAGCCUACGUCUUCCCAUUCUUCACCAUCCCUCACACUAUCCACCCACUCAUCGGUUGGUCGCUUUACUUGAUGGCUUCUUUUGCUCUCUCCUCCAUACCAAUCAACACUCUUCUCCUCCCAACGCUCCCUGUUCUCACUCCGUGGCUAGGCAUUCUCGGGACGCUCCUCGUCAUGGCAUUCCCUUGGUACCCUGAUGGAGUAGUGAGAGCCUUGUCGGUUUUUGGAUACGCCUUUUGUUGCGCACCCUUUGUGUGGGUUUCAUUCACUAAGAUCAUGUCGCAUCUACAGGUUCUGAUUGAGAAAGAGGUCUUGUUCCCGCGAUUGGGAGACUCAGGGAACAAUUCUGGCUUCAGCAAAUUGUAUUAG